AUGGCGAAUUGGAGCAGUACUGUGCCUGCGGGCAUCCUGGGUGGACUCGCUGGAGUCAUGCUCCUUUUCAUCUGGUGGUGGUUUCCUCGCACCUGGAACAAGGGCGUGAGGCAGGACAAUGAUCGACUCGAUGACGUGGAGCUUCAGGCGCAGAGAGCAAUGGUGGUCCAAAAUGCGCGAGAUAUUGUCGACAAUUACCGCGAAGUACUCAAGCAGCGAGAAUUGACCAAGAACGCAAACAUACAACAAUCCACCGACACCGCCACUGAGGGACGGAGCAUUGUGACUGAGUCUACUGCACGAGAAGAGGAAACAGAUCAUGCCAGGUUCGAUACGAACCCACCGCGUCCUGACGGCCGACCUGGCGGUCCAGAAUCUUGA